AAUACUAGGAUUAGGAAAUAGAUUGCUAUCUGACAGUGGUUCCAGGUCCCACUUUGCAGAGAACGUAAAAAACAAAGGAACAAACGUUUCUCAUUCACCUUGCUUGACGGUAAAAACUUGUCACUAUGAGUGAUAACGGGCAUCAUAGAUUCUUUCGGGCUCGGAAAACUUGUUGUGAAAUGCUGGAAGAUCGUGGUUAUGUUUUAACUGAGCAAGAAAAAGCAGAAACAUUUAAAACAUUUCAAGCACGUUUCGCACAAGCUGAUUAUCAACGAUCUCGCAUGUUAUUGCUGGGUACAUCUAUAACAGACGCGGACAAGAAGAUCAUGGUUUUCUUUUCUGAUGAAACGAAAAAAAUGGGCGUUAAGCCCAUCCGAGAACUUACUGAUAAAAUGGCAGAAGGAAAUAUACAAAGAGCCAUUUUAGUUGUGCAGUAUCCGCUUACUGUAUUUGCAAAAGAUGCUAUGAGUGAUGCAGCACCAAAUCAUAUUAUUGAGUGGUUUUUAGAGUCAGAGCUUUUGAUAAAUAUUACAAAGCAUGAACUUGUUCCUCGUCAUAUACUUUUGACUGAUAGUGAAAAACAAAACCUUCUAGCUCGUUAUCGUAUUAAAGAUACUCAGCUACCCAGGAUUCAGCAGGAAGACGCUGUAGCUCGUUACCUUGGUUUGUCCAAAGGCCAAGUAGUCAAGAUUGUUCGCCCUAGUGAAACUGCCGGUCGAUAUGUUACUUAUCGUUUAGUUAUUUAAAAUGCUACUAUCCACAAACUUGACCUUUAGUAUAAAGCCUUGUUUUCAUAAUGUUAGCGCAAGUCAAUUUUUCCAUGUUUUCUUAAAUGUUUUCUGUUAUUCGAAAGCACUUAAUAAAACCCGCGUCCAUUUCAGUUAAUUUUAUCAUUUUAAAUAAUCUUUGUAUAC